AUGGCGCAAACAAACCCGAUCCACGCGAGCCCCCUCGAGGACGGCAAGGACGCCCUCGCGUCGGAGCAGGAGGUCGACGACGUCAUCGAGGCCAUCGGCACGGGCGUCUGGCAGUACGCGCUCAUCGUCCUCCUCGGCGCGCUCUUCCUCGCCGACAGCGUCGAGGUGUCGCUCCUGUCGUUCCUCUACGAGUGCGUCGGCGCGGCCUUCGAUCUGACGACCUUCGAGGCCGCGAGCGUCGUGUCGGUGGUCUUCGGCGGCGAGGUCGUGGGCGCGCUCGUCGCCGGCGCGGUGUCGGACCAGGCCGGGCGCAAGGGCGUCGCGCUCGUGUCCGGCCUGGGCGUCGCCGUCUUCGGCCUCGCGAGCGCCUACUCGCCGGACUACGGCACCUUCAUCUCGUUCCGCGGCGCCGUCGGCAUCUUUCUGGGAACGUUCGCGGUGCCCUUCGACCUCCUGGCGGAGAUGCUACCGGCGAAGACGCGGGGCCAGGCGCUCAUCUGGCUCGAGGUCGGCUGGGCGCUGGGCGCCAUGUACGCCUGCGCCGCGGCCUGGGUGGCGCUGCCGAUCUCCAGCUGGCGGAGUCUGACGGUCGCGUGCGCGGCGCCGCCGGCGUUCGUCUUCCUGGGUCUGCUCUACUGCCUCGACGAAUCGCCCAGAUUCCUCAUCGACCAGGGCCGGCGCGCCGAGGCCGCGGCGAUCUUCCGGCGCGUCGCGGCGAAGAAC